AUGAUCAAGAUACAGUAGCACACACAAAGUUGAAGUUGAUGUGACGGGUUUGAUCAUCGAUGGACACAUGGUGCGUCACAAUAUACAUUUUAUUAGUGAUGGCAAUAUCAGUCUCCCCAACAAAAGCUGAUAUCUGGCCAGCAGAGAUUUUUGGAAGCACCGCUGUGAAAGCUGGGGGAGAUAUACAGCUAAAGUGUAUAAUCUUUGAUAAAAUGGAUUAUUUUAACCAGGUCAACAUGUAUCUGUGUAAAAAUGGUGUUGGAGUGAGGAUGGAACUGCUGGUGAAUGAAAAAGAGCACGGCUUUAUUUUGAGAAAUGUUUCAGUGCUGGACUCAGGCAACUACAGUUGUGUGUACUCACUAAACAAAUAUCCUCUGAGGAACUUGAGAGCAUUGGAACAAAACUCAAUCCAAGUCCAGGUCACUGGGAACUUCAGCAAAAAUGAACAAAACUCAGUCCAAUUCCAGUUCAAUCAGAAUAUGAGCAAAGAUGGGCAAAACUCAGUCGAAGUCCAGUCCACUGGAUUGGUGUCAAACCGGGACACAUAUCAUGGGUUUGGAGGUUUUCUGCAAGCACAUUAUAUGGAAAUUGCGCUGGCUACUCUUGUCGUUGUUCUUCUGGUUGGAAUCAUUAUUCUUUGCUACAAAGUCAGAACAUUUAAGAAGUUGCGCAACGACCAAGGACAAAGGCAGAAGACUGAUGAAGAUGAUCUGAGUGACAGUGAUGUCCUAUAUGUGAAUGAAAGCGAAAAGAAUGAACCUCUCCAGCCUGAAUCUACUUAUGCCAACACAUAGGAGCAAAGAAAAUGACUGAAAAACUCAAUAAAUAAAUGAACGAAUGAAUGAUUAAUUUCAAUUAAUGAAUGAAUCAAUGAUUCAUUUGAAAGACUAAUUACAACAACUGAUGUAAAGGACCAAUGACACAACAUCCUUAAUAAACCAAUGUACAAACUGAA